AUGCCAAGCGACGCCUCGGGAGAUCAUGUUACACUCAAAUUGAUAUUGGUGUCGGGUCGGACAAGGGAAUUCUCCUUUUCACCAUCAAUUUCCGCUGCCGAAGUGACUCAGUUCGUCUUUGACCACUGGCCACAAGAGUGGGAAGAAGAAAGCGUCGACUCGGCCUCCCUCUUGAAACUCAUCUAUCACGGGCGAUUCUUGCACGGAUCUGUGACAUUAUCAGCUUUGGCGUUGCCACCCGGAAAAACAACAGUGAUGCACCUAGUAACAAGAGAAAAUCUCCCGGAGCCCAAUUCUAAUGAUUCGUUGUCAAAGCGAAAACGCGGUGGAUGUUGUCGAUGUACGCUUUCA